UGCGCACCAUUAUUGAUCAGUGAUACGUGAUUAGGGUAGAUGGAUUGCCAUGUAUAUAAAAAUCAGUCUGCUUUAAGUUCUGUAACAGAGGGUCUGCUGUGGGUCUAUUGGACAUCAUGCUGCUGGCUGUGCCGCUUAGGCAUAUGUUUAGCUGUUUAACUAGGCCUAUCUUGAAAAGUUGAUUCAGCUAAUACUUGUUUAAACUACAAUGAAUACAAUCUGCGUAGUAUGAGCAACCCCAUGGGCGUCAUGAGGAAGAAAGUGACGGACGACAGAGAGCGGCGGAGUCUCAUCAGAGCGCCGUCUGAAUCGAGCACCAACAACCCUGGCGUCACCUCUGCCGCCGGCGAACCGGAGCUGGCCACCGACCAGGAUGUCACACCGGUAUUCGUGUACGUCUUGGCGUUUUUUUCUGCUCUGGGUGGCUUCCUUUUUGGAUAUGACACCGGGGUGGUCUCUGGGGCUAUGCUUCUCCUGAAAAAAGAAAUGCAUUUGACCGCUCUAUGGCAGGAGUUGUUGGUCUCCAGUACUGUGGGUGCAGCGGCGCUCUCUGCCCUGGCUGGCGGGACUCUGAAUGGGCUCUUCGGGCGCAGGAUCUGCAUACUAAUGGCCAGCUUCAUUUUUACUGCUGGAGGAGUUGCGUUAGGUGCUGCACCAAACAAGGAGGUUCUUCUUGUCGGGAGGAUUACAGUUGGUUUGGGAAUAGGGAUUGCCUCCAUGACGGUUCCUGUUUACCUUGCGGAGGUCUCCCCACCACACCUGAGGGGUCAGCUGGUCACCACUUACACCCUCUUCAUCACAGCCGGACAGUUUAUUGCCAGUGUUGUGGACGGGGCCUUUACUUACCUGCACCACAACGGCUGGAGGUACAUGUUGGGUCUGUCCAUUGUCCCUGCGGUGCUCCAGUUCUUUGGUUUCCUAUUCCUGCCAGAGAGUCCCCGCUGGCUCCUUCAGAAGGGCCUUACCCAGCAGGCCAGGCAGGUGCUCAGCAGGAUCCGCGGGGGUCAGAACAUUGAAAAGGAGUAUGACAGCAUGAGGACCAACAUCGAGGAUGAGGAGAAGGAUGCAGGAGGUGGCCUAGUAUUGUGGCGUAUGCUGACUCGCCCUCCCACCCGCAGAGCCCUGACCGUAGGCUGCGGCCUGCAGAUGUUCCAACAGCUCUCUGGGAUCAACACUGUCAUGUACUACAGCGCCACCAUCCUACAGAUGGCGGGGGUGAGGGACGACAAGCAGGCCAUCUGGUUGGCUUCCGCCACCGCCGCCACCAACUUCCUGUUCACCCUGGUGGGGGUGUGGCUUGUGGAAAGAGUCGGACGCAGGAAGCUAACGCUGGGGAGCUUAAUGGGUACUGCUUUGAGUCUGACGGUCUUGGCUAUGGGGUUCCUGUUAUCGGCCCAGCACUCCCCUGCAGUCACUCUCCACCCCACUGACACCUCUCUCAACUCCACCUCCUGCACACUAUAUGGGUCCUGUCAGCCCUGCAUGUUGGACCCUGACUGUGGGUUCUGUUACCGUGAGAACGGUUCCACUGUAUACAACUCUUCCUGCAUACCUGUCAAUCAAACAUCGACCGAUGAAGCCGACUGGGGCAGGUGUUCCAAUCUCAGCCAGGUCAGUGAUGGGUCUCUCUGGGCCUAUAACUACUGCCCCACUUCCUACUCCUGGAUAGUGCUGCUUGGGCUCAUCCUCUACCUGGCUUUCUUUGCUCCAGGUAUGGGGCCCAUGCCGUGGACAGUGAACAGUGAGAUCUACCCUCUGUGGGCCAGGAGCACUGGAAACGCCUGUUCAGCCGGAGUCAACUGGAUCUGUAACGUCCUGGUGUCACUCACCUUCCUCCACGUCGCUGAGUACCUCACCUACUAUGGUGCAUUCUUCCUCUACUCAGGCCUGAGUGUUCUGGGGCUGCUGUUUGUGAUGGGCUGUCUGCCAGAGACCCAGGGCCGCAGGCUGGAGGAGAUGGAGGCCCUGUUCUCCGGAAACCUCUGCUCCUGCAGUGCGUCUGACGGGGAUGGGGACGGAUCCAGGAACAUCCUGUACAACAGGGUAAAAGGGAGCGACAUCCUCUCAGACAAUGAUGCCUCGGACAUGGAGUAGACGUGGCGCGUCAAGGAACCUCUCUCUCUCACACCUUCAUGUCUUUUGAUUGGUGGAUUUACAGGCAGUGGUGUUAAACUCACUUGACUGGGCCUUUUGCAUAUAGCAGCUCUCCUAACUGGCUGGUGGACGAGACUUCAACUCUCCUAACUGGCUGCUGGACGAGACUUCAACUCUCCUAACUGGCUGCUGGACGAGACUUCAACUCUCCUAACUGGCUGGUGGACGAGACUUCAACUCUCCUAACUGG